AGCUGAGCAAACUGGAGCGACAGCACAGGAAGAGGAACUGUCUGUGCUGGCCCGUGCCUCACUCUGCACCACCAGGACAGAUCCUGCCUCUUUAUCUUUGCUGGGACAGUGCCGGCUUGCAAGAGAGAUAACUGUUCCCUGCUCUUUUGGGCAGCAGCUGGAUGAAAUCUGGAUGCAAGGAGGAAGAAAGUUAACAGUAAGUGCAACACUAAGAUGAAGCCUCUGUCUGGGCAAGGCAUAAGGCUGGCAUACCUUUUCCUGAAUUUGGCUUCCCUCUGCUUUCCCACCCCACUCUGGAAGGACCGGGACUCCCUAAUGCAAGAGGAAAAAGCCCAUCAGACAGGUGGCAAUUUGGUGCUGAGUAGACAGGAACAGCAGAUCAGUACAAAGCUCGUAAACCUCAAGAAGGAGGAGGUUGCAACAGCCAUAACUACAGGACAGUUUCCUCCAAGCAUGCACUUCUUUCGGGCAAAAAGCCUCAUUGAUCAGAGCACGGUGUUCAGCAUCUUAAAGCGCAUGCCAAAAGGUGCUGUUUUACACCUGCAUGACUACGCCAUCCUGAGUGUGGACUGGCUGGUAUACAAUGCCACCUACCUCCCCGACUGCUACAUCUGCUUCACCCAUACAGGCACUGUUCGGUUUCGCUUUUCAAAGCCUCAUCCUCCUCACCCAGUUCCAGCCAAGUGCUCCCAGUGGGUUUUGCUGGAGACUUACCGGAAACAGCUGCACAAUGUGACCGAGUUCGAUAGCAGCUUGCUGAAAAACUUGACCCUGGUGACAGAUGCCCCUGAGCUGGCCUACCCUUCUAAGGCCUUCAUUUGGAAAAGAUUUGAAGAAGUCUUUCUCAUUGCCUCUGGACUUAUCUGUUACGCACCUGUGUUCAAGGCCUAUUUCUACCAGGGGCUGCUGGAGCUCUAUGAAGAUAACAUACAGUAUGUCGAGAUAAGAGCUAUCCUGCCUCCGGUGUAUGAACUGGAUGGCACCCAGCACAAUAAAUCAUGGUCUGUGGCAACCUAUCAGGAAGUGACCAGGCAGUUUGUGAAGGAGCACCCUGACUUUCUUGGAGCCAAGAUUAUAUUUGCAGCACACAGGAUGCUGAAUGAUUCCCAGAUUAAAGAAGCCAUCGUCACUGCCAUGGCACUCAGAACCCACUUCCCAGACACCCUGGCAGGUUUUGACCUGGUUGGUAAUGAGGAUGAAGGUCAUUCUUUAUGGGACCUGAAGGAUGUCCUGACCAUCCCAUAUUCCCUGGGGGUCAACUUGCCGUACUUUUUCCAUGCUGGGGAGACUAACUGGCAGGGCACCUCCGUAGACAUUAAUGUGCUGGAUGCAUUGCUGCUGAAUACGAGCCGGAUUGGCCAUGGACUUGCCCUCAUUAAACAUCCAGUAGCCAAAAGUUUGUCUCUGAAGAGGGAUAUUCCUGUAGAAGUCUGUCCCAUCUCCAACCAGGUCCUGCUGUUGGUAGCUGACUUACAGAACCACCCUGCAGCCAGCCUCAUGGCAGAAGGGCACCCCAUUGUGAUCAGCCCUGACGAUCCCCCCAUCUUUGGGGCAAAGGGUGUCUCCUAUGACUUCUAUGAGGUGUUCAUGGCCAUCGGAGGGAUGAAUGCUGACCUGAGGACGUUAAAACAACUUGCACUCAACUCCAUAAAAUACAGUGCCAUGCUACCGGAUGAGAAAUCCAAGGCCAAAGAGGUCUGGCAGAAAAAAUGGGACCAAUUUGUGGCUGACCUUUCUGAUAGCUUUUUGAGGGAGCUUUAGAGGGGAGGAGACUCAUCUCAGAAGGCAUUUAGCUAGCCAGAGCAAGUCAGGUUUAUUGCUAAGAGCGAGACUGCUUCUUCCAUGUGACCUCAAAGCCUUACCUGGCAAUAGGUGAUUCCGGUAAGCUAGGCUUAACGCUAAGAAUGAGCUGCACUAUCCUGUGAAAGUCACGGACUGGAGGUAAGAGGGUACAGUGAGCCUUCACAGCAACAACAAAAGAACACCCUCACUUAAAAUAGUAAAAACAAUUAAAAAUUGCCAUUCACCAAA